AUGCCGUUCGCCCUCGCCACCCUCGAGGACCGCCUCCGCACCCUAACACCAACCUCCAUUCCCGGCAUCGUCCUUCUCGCAUCCACGCCAAACACCUCAAACGCCUACACCUUCGCCACCGGUGGCACAUCCCUCUCCCCAACAGAGAACCCCCAACCUCUAACCGCGGCUUCCGCCUUCUGGCUCGCCAGCUGCACGAAGCUCCUCACCUCCAUCGCCUGCCUGCAGCUCGUUGAGCAAGGAAAGCUCCACCUUGACCAGCCGGUCCACGAACUUCUGCCCGAGUUUGGAAAGAUCGGGCUACUCCAAGGUUGGAACGAGGACGGUAGCCCUCAGCUAGCUCAGGCAGGAAGCGAAGCUGCCGGUGCGAGCAAGAAAGUAACGCUCCGCCAUCUACUAACGCACACGAGCGGGCUAUGCUACGACUUCCUAAGCCCAGAGAUUCUGAAAUGGUGGGAGUGGAAAGGCAUCAAACCCGAACAAAAGGGGAGCAAGAUUCGAGACAUCUACUCCGCGCCGUUAAUCACGCCACCCGGCAAAACCUGGCAGUACUCCCCGGGCAUCGAUUGGGCAGGCCUCCUCGUCGCCAAGGCAUCAAACCUCCCAAGCCUGGGCGCGUAUUUCAACAAACAUAUUCUUCCAGCCGUAGGCGAGAUCGCUGAGCGAUGGGUGUACAUGUCCAUGCGCAUGCCGGACAGCGGAAACCUCGUGCCUAUCGGCUCGGCGCCGAUCGAUAAAGCAGAAGACGAUCUCGGUGGUGGUGGAGGCAGGUGUAGUCCGAGAGAGUACAUCAAGGUUCUGGAGAGUCUUCUGAAGAACGAUGGGCGAUUGCUGAAGCCGGAGACGGUCGAUCGAUACGUCUUCUCCCCACAGCUGGCGGAAGGGAACGACAAAUUGGGCGGUCAUCUCCAGACCGAGCUGGACAAGUACUGGGCCACCCUCGACGGCGGACGCAUGCUUACGGGCGGCUAUCCCUUGCCCGCAGCACCAGCUGCUACUUCGCCGAGUGGAGCGGGCGAUCUGCGCCCACUCGCUCCAACCUCGCCGAAGGAUGAGGAGGGAAGGGGAACGUAUGAAUACAACCACAGCCUAGUCGGCGCACUGAGCAGGAAGAAGGGGUCGAAGAGCGGGCAGUGGAGUGCGCAUUGGGGAGGACUGCCGAAUCUGCAGUGGUGGGUUGAUCCGAGGAGGGGGUGUGUGGACCUGGCGAAAGAGUUUAGGGAGGGGGUGCUGGAUGCGUUCGGUGGCAAGGAGAAGGGAGCUGCGAGGGAAAGUAAGCUGUAA